AUGAUUCUUGCUAUGGCGACAAGCACAGCUAAUGCAGACGGACUCGGGCUGAACGAUAGACAAGCCAUCUCAGAGGUCUAUUACAGGCGUGCUAAGGUGCUCUCGAUGAGUCAGAUGGGCGCCACAGCCAAUGUCGAAGCAGUUCAAGUUAUGCUUUUGAUGUCCCAAUAUCUGCAGGGUAGCCAACGGUCUAUCCAAACAUGGGCCAUUCAUGGGAUUGCAGUCAAGGCCGCAAUGGAACUGGGGCUCCACUCCCAGCUUGCUCUUCAGAGAUUCGAUCCAUUGGAAAGAGAAAUAAGAAUCCGUACAUGGUAUGGGUGUGUUGCGCUCGAUAGGACAUUGAGCUUAACGUUCGGAAGGCCGCCGAUCGUUCCACAAAUCUACAUUCGCACACCUCAGCCGAGUCACUUUAUCCCAUAUCCAGACAACUCCAAGAUUCUUCGAUGGUCUCAAAAUGAAAACAGCACUCUCUUUUGGAACGGAUCUUUGACUUUGUAUGGUGUUACGGCAUCGGUUAUUGAUGAACUUUACGAGAGCAACCUUGGCUCUAGCGUGACACCAAUUCCGCCGGCGAAUAUCGUGUCGACCGUGAUCCACACUGGACAGAAACUAGCUGCCUGGCAAGCAUCACUUCCAACGUCCAUGCGGCUUGUUGAACCUUCAGAGAUAUGUGACUCAGCGGAAAGUCCAAUAUCACUCAAAUUCCGAGUUAUCCUGACUCUUCGGUACCACAACCUGCACAUAUUGUCUCAUAGGCCCAUCUUGGAUCGCUGCCUGCAGGCUCUUGACGGAACUCCGCAGACAGAUCAAGAGACGGCAACUCUUCAACAAGGAUGGUACCUUAGUAAGGACGCAUGUCUUCAGUCUGCGGAAAGCAUCGUCCGCCUUGUUGAAGCUUGCAAGUCCUCAAGUGACAAGCAGCCAACCAUUUCCUAUCUUGGGGCUUGGUGGUUCAGUCUUUACUUCACCUUCAACGCGGCGUUGACGAUUGUUGCCAUUAAAAUGAUCGAGGAAAGAUCUUCGCCGUCACCGUUUGAUCGAAGCUACUCCAACGCCACUGAGCGCCUCGACGAGGUGCUGAAGGAUGCGGUCAAUUGCAUAGCACGCCUAGACAAGCAAAACCAAAUGGUCGAAAAGUGUGCCAAGUUCACCGCGACCUUGAUCUUCCUUGUACAAAGCCUCUCAGCAGUUCCGGCGAGAGACAAUGGCAUAGUCCCGGAUGCGCCAAUCCAGGUGAUCCCUCCCACUGGGGAAGUGCUUCCGGUCAAUGUUUCAACAAAUAAUGGCAUGGACGAAGCCUUUGCGGAUUUAAUGAACUUUCUCCCACCAAAUUUCAAUGACUUCUCUGCGUCUAGUGGGCCGUUUGCAAUGUCUGAGCUGAUGGAUGACUUUGCAACUGGGGAUCUUUUCUGGUAG